AUGGACGAGAAAGUGGAGACGGUUUGUCGAGCAAUUCAUAUUUUAUACAGCGGCGGGGCCGAAUCACAACAAGCACAAUUGUUUUUACAAGAAUUUCAAGAAUCGGUUGGUUUUUUUUUGUUGGAAAAAUUUCAAAAUACUAAUGAAAUCAUUUUAUUUCAGCAAGAAUCCUGGACAAUUUGUGAUCAGAUAAUUGGAAGACAUACAGAUUCGUUGGCUUGCUAUUUUGCUGCACAAACAUUGAGAACAAAGGUAACUAGAAAUGUUUUGGAUUAUUUUUAAUUAGGCUUAUUUCUUCUCUGUGCCUAUUCAAACGUUCUCAAUUUAUUUAUAUUUUCAGAUUCGCAAGAAGUUCAAGCAACUCCCAGUCGAAACAUAUGAGCAAUUGAGAAGUUCGCUUUUACAACAUUUAAAGUGAGUUGAUUUUAGUUUUUAUUACUUUCAAAAUUAAGAAAUAAUUUCAGUCGUCACGGAGCACAAGCACAUGAUCAACAAUCUGAAGCAACUUCAACUCAAUUGUGUUUAGCAAUUGCUGAUUUGUAUAUUCAAAAUCCAAUGUGGAAUAAUUGGAUUCUAGAAUUGUUGAAACAGUGAGUUUUUAAAUCUGUUGCUGAAAACAACAACUAAUUAAUACAAUUCAGGAGUCAAACAUUGGAAGGCGAUCGAACUGUGAUGACUUUGACACUUUUGCAGGUUUUUCCUGAAGAGCUUACAGAAGUAAGUUUUGAUGUCAUGUUCAGUAAUGUUAAUUUGAAACAAUAUUAUUUUUAGUUACAAGGUGUUGGAGAGAAUCGAAGAAAUGCGAUUAGAGAUGAACUUGCUGCUUGUGCAACUGCAAUUAUCGAAUUUUUAACACAUGUUUUGUCAAAAUAUCAUCAUGAUGUUGGAAUGUUGAAGAGAGUUUUGAAAUGUUUAGAAACGAAUUUGAUGAAUCAAUCGAUGAAAACAGAUGAAUUUGCACAAAGUAGUUUACUUGAAACAGUAUUUCAUAUUCUCACAUCUCCACAAGUUCCUUCAAGUCUCCAUGAAGCUGCGACAAAUGUAAUUGUGGCUGCAUUGGUUCGAGCGGAAGAUACAAUUGGCCAUCGUCCAUUGGCAAAAGUAUUACAAAAAGGUGUUAUUACUUUGGUUGAACCAUUCAAACAUGCUGAAAGUGUUGAAGAUUUCGAUAGAUUGCAAAAUUUCGCAAGAAUUUUUGUUGAAACUUGCGAAUCAUUUUAUAUGAAUCUUGUAAGUGCACCAACAACUAAUAUUGAACAAAUUGGAAAUCUGAUUUGUCUUGAAUUCCUUAUUCUAAUUGCAUCAAAUCAUGAUUAUUCAUUAAUUGAAAUGACUUUCAAUGUUUGGUAUCGAAUAACUGAAGAAUUAUUCAAAUAUGAUGAUGAUAUGCAUAUUUUGAGAUUCAAACCAUAUGCUUUCAAGUAAGUUUUUGCUUAUUCUAUUUUUUAUGAUCAAAUUCAAAUUUAUAAUCUUUAGAUUCAUAAUGGCUCUUUACGAACAUUCGAAACUUGAUCCUGAUGAUAUUAAUGAUGUGCCAGAUGAGAAAAGUGAAUUCGGCGAAUUUCGAUUAAAAGUUGUUGAAGCUGUUCGAGAUGUGGUUUUUGUUGUGAAUACAGAAAACUGUGUAAAUGCAAUGUAUGAAAAAUUACGAGAAUGUGCAAGUCGACCAGAUUCAUCUUGGGAACAAUCAGAAGCUGCAUUAUUCAUUAUGUCUUGUGUUGUUCAAAAUUUAAUAGCCGAUUCGGAUGGGAAAAUGCCCGAAGUUCUCGCAUCAAUUGUCUCAUUGCCACCAAAUUCACCGCCUGCUUUAAUUUGCACAAGUUUAGUAUUAAUUGGUGAUUCGAAUGAAUGGCUUCGAAGUCAUGCAAAUCUUUUGCCAGAUAUUAUGAGAUGGAUUAUGCAAUUUGCCGUUGAUCAAAGAUAUACAUUACACGUAUCAAACUGUGUCGAUAAAAUCGCAUCGCAAUGUUCAAACGAAUUGUUUUGGAUUUUACCACAUUUGUUUGAUUUGAUCACAGCAUUGGAACAAUCCACUCAAAAUGGUGUUAAAGUUGAAGAAGCAAUUAGUGGAAUAACAAGAGCUGCAUCAUUAAUUAUUAGUCGAUUGAAUGAUGUUGACGCAAGACACGGAAUGAUGAGAUUAUGUGAACCAAUUAUUCGAAAUUUGAAUAUGGUAAGUUUUUUGUUAGCUCCUACUGAAUAUAUUAUAUCUAAUUGUGAAUUUAUUCCAGUCAAUUGAAAUGGCAGCAGCAUCUCAACCUUCAACUUCAUCAUCUUCGAAUUUGCCACCUCAACCACCAGUUGAACAAAAUCAGAAUAACAAUAAUAAUAACAACAACAACAAUAAUAAUAAUGAACCGAUUCCGCCAGUUCAACCACUUCAAUCAUCAAAUUCUGAAGCAAAUAAGGAAAAUGUUUCAAGAGUUUAUGGCAAAAAUUCGAAUGAAUUAUGGUCUGUAAUUGCACAAUCACCAUUAUUAUGGAUUGAUAGAAUUGCAAGUGUAUUCAAAGAUGUUUGGAAACCUGUAAGAUUUUCUUCUUUUUUUUAAAGAUUUUGAUUAUUUUAUCAAUACGAUUAUUUCCAGAGAGAUAAAGAAGGUGAAUUUGUUCCAUGGAUUGAAUUAGCAGCUCAAUUGAUUGAAUCAUUAAUUCGAGCAACGCGACAAUUUGAAAAUAAUACAAGAAUCGUUGAACAUACAAUACGAUCAAUUCGUAUUUUAUUCAGAUCUCUUGGAAAACAAUCAAUAAAUUAUGUCGAACCAAUUGUCAAUCUAAUCAUUGAUAUAUAUCCAAAAUAUAAUCAUUCAUGUUGUCUUUAUAUGGCUGGAGUUAUUGUUGAUGAAUAUGGACAAAUGCCAAUUAUGCAGCCAGGUCUUUUGAAAAUGUUAAUCACAUUGGCAACAGUUACAUUCACAAUAUUGAAUCAACCAAAUGGAUGUAUAGAUAAUCCGGAUGUUGUCGAUGAUUUCUUCAGAUUGGCUCAACGAUUCGCCUCAAGGAUUCCUUCAUUAUUUUUUAUGAAUCCAGUUUCAAUUCCAUUAUUUGUUUGUGCAAUUGCUAAUUUAUCAUUGGAUCAUCGAGAAGCAAAUAAAAGUGCGAGUCGAUUCAUUAUUGAAGUUGUUGAACAAUUAAGAAAAGCCAAAGAAGCUAAAUAUACGGAUGCUGGAGUUGUUGCUGCACAAGAAUUAUUAUCGAGUCAUGGUGCACAUUUGAUGAUUUCAUCAUUGAAUUCAGCACUUUUCCAUGUUAGUGGAUCACUUAAAAGAGAUAUGGCUGAAAUUAUUGCGGUUAUUGGAAAAUUGGACAAAUUAUCACAAAAACAAUGGUUGAUUCAAGCUGUUCAACAACUUCCAAAUAAUCCAGUCAAAGCAACACCUGCACAAUUGAAUGAUUUCGUCGAAAAUGUUGUUAAAGAGUUAGUUUUUUGAGGGGGGUUUGAAUUUCUGAUUUAGGAAUCUUGAGCAAAAAUUUUCUUUUUCAACUCUCGCUCUGAUUUUUACUCAUAAAUUCGAAAAGUUAUUCUGAAAUUCUUUUUUAUUAUCGAAACCAUUUGAAAUAUACUAUUCAGUUUCAUACAACGUUUUAAUCAGAACCGAAAUCUAUUUCAAAAAAUUUUAAAAUUCCAACUGAAAACUCAGUUUGUUCUUAUUAGGUCGGAGAAAAAUUCGGCUAUUCAAAAAAUUCCUUUUUUUUUCUUUUUUUCUCAAAAAAAUAUUGGUUUUUUUCAGAAGAGAACCAUAUGCUGUAAAUGCAGUAAUUCGAGAUCUUAAUCAACUUUUUGAUUAA